GUCUCUGCGUACAGUAGGUGUAUUUCGUAUCGAUGAAACGCAUGCUGGAGUGAGAUUUUUUCUUCUAGUGUAUAUAACAGGUGCAUUCAUCCAGAUUUGCUCUGCGUUACAGUUUUUUCUAUGUUUUUGUGUGGAUUAUUUAAAGGCGAAGAAAAUUUUCUGCUGGAUAUCUGUGGAAUUAAUUUUCUAAAGAACAAAAUUCAUUCGUGAAUGCACAAGUGAAAUAAAUAAAAAGCAAUGGCUGAUAAAGCAAUCCAGAAACUUAUCCCAAGAAGAGCUGCAGCGAAAAGACUUUUCCAAAACCAGAAAAGGAACUGUUUUACCGAUGUUUCUUCAAAUUCAGUGUCCGCUGUCAGACUUAUUGCAAAUGCCGUGGCAGACAGAACAGAUAAUGCACCCUCCGCUGCAAGUGUUUCCGUACCAAAAACAAUCGACGACCUACCUGGACCCAGCGGGUACCCGGUUGUAGGAACGGCCCCGGAGUACUUCAGGAAAGCCAACAGGGGACAAAUGCACGAAGUUCAGAGACGAUUUCACGAAAAAUACGGGAAAAUGUUUAAGGAGAAAUUAGGCCCUGUCACCAACGUAUCCAUUGCUGACCCAAAUAUCGUGGAGGAAUUGGUUCGUAAGGAAGGAGUUUACCCAUUCAGACCUCCUUAUGAUUCGUGGAUCCUUUACAAGAAAAUCCGAAAUCAAAAGGCCGGAAUCAUGUCCUCUGUUGGACCAGAGUGGCAUAAAUUGCGCCAAUCACUUGCCAAAUAUACACUGAGACCAAAAACGGUUGCAGAAUAUACAGACGUCAUGAACGACGUCGCUGAUAUAUUUGUGAACAGGCUGCGCUUUCUCCGGGAAAAGGAUGGAGACGUUGAAAAUCUUCAUUCAGAGCUACAAAAAUGGGCUCUAGAAUGCGUUGCAGGAGUUAUUCUAGAGGAGAAACUAGGUUGCCUGGAAAACGAGAUCGAGCCCAGGGUAGCCGAUUUUAUCAAGGCUGUUGGAAAUAUGUUUUUGACGGGUCAUCAAUUGAUGGUUUUUGCAGACGUUCACAAGAAAUUCAACACGAAGCCGUGGAGAACUCACGUUGAAGCCUGGGAUACCAUUUACUCUUUUGCUACCGAGUUGUUUGAGAAGAAAAUCGAUGAAAUCCAAAAUGGACAUGUGGAAAAGGAUGCCGUAGCUGGAUUUUUGAGACAUAUGAUUGCACAUACCAAAUUAGACAUGGAUGAGGUCUAUGUGAACACAACUGAGCUGCUGUUAUCUGGUGUAGACACAUCUUCACAUGCGCUCUGUUUCGCUAUGUAUAAUCUUGCCAAAAAUCCAAAUGCCCAAGCAAGAUUGCAACAUGAAGUUGAUACAAUUUGCAAAGGGAAUACCUGCACAUCCGCAAACCUCCAGAACAUGCCUUUCUUGAAGGCAGUUGUUAAAGAGAGUCUGAGAAUGUAUCCUGUAAUACCAAUCAAUGCAAGAGUCAUGCAGGAAGAUACCGUUCUUAACGGAUAUGUUAUUCCUAAAAAUACAUGUGUUCUAUUAAAUGGAUAUACCAUGGGUUACAAUGAAAAAUACUUUCCCGAUCCUGAAUCUUUCAAACCCGAGAGAUGGUUGCGAAGCUCUGGUGAUGAAAAACAUCCCUUUGCCAUGCUACCAUUUGGAUUUGGGUCCAGAAUGUGUGUUGGCAGAAGGAUUGCUGAACAAGAACUGUUUUUAACUCUAACCAAAAUGACACAAUCAUUUUGGAUGGAAGCAACGGGGGACAUAGAAACUACAUUACGGACAGUUAUUACUCCCAAGGGUAAAAUCCCCAUUCAAUUUGUUGACCGAUAAUUCAAAUGAAAUUUUCAUUGAAAUGUGGACAGUCAUGAACAACGCCUUCUUGUUUCAACAACAAGAGGAAACUUUCGAAAUCCAGAACGAUCGUCAGUUCACCAAAACCUGACGAGUUCCAAUACCUCAUCCCAGAGGUUCCAGUUUCUUGGCCCACGUGGUCGAGCCAUGAUCACGUGUGUUCUAGAAAGACUCUUCUAGAUGAACUUGUCUUGGUCAGAUUGUACAUGUUGUGAUAUGUACAGAUGUCAUGGGUGCUUCUAUACAUAGUGAUAGAAUCGGAGAAGACGGGUAUUGCCACUUCGUCAUUGUUAUGCUUUAUGUGAUCUGUAUGUUUAACUUUUUGAUACAAUGCAAAUAUCAUCUUUCACAAUGUUUGAAACAAUAUCCUUGUACAGUUUCAUGUUUAUCAUUUCCACCUAUACGUAUGUACAUUGUAAGUAAAUCUCCAUUUAUUUAUUUGACGAAUCUCUUCAGACGUAUACGACAAGCCAUUAUGUGAUGCUUUGACACGGUCUUUUCAAAGACGAUAUUGAACUUCAAGAAACAACAUUCUGACAAAUUGAAGUUAUUUAUCUAUUGAAGUUUAAUGCUAUCAACCUUAUUCACGUCCAUUUGAAGAGACAAUGAUUUCUUUGAUAUAUAACUCUAAGGUGCAAUAUUCGUAUUCGUCAGGAAAACAGUUGUUAACUCUUAAUCAUGUUAAGCCCUCGACGUGCAAUGAUCAUUAUUUCAUUAAUUUUAAUGAUAUGUGCACACCUGGGAAGUGAGACCGCCCAAGGAUCUCUCCAAAGGUGUGUCUGCCUUUGUAGCCACUUAGUGUGAGGAACACUUGCUCACUGUUGUAUAGAACUUGAAUCAUAUAUGUUCAGGAAAAUCUCUGAGAGUAGCUCCUUUGUAUUACGUUGACAAGGUUUUUUUCCCCAAAAAUUAAAACUGUUUCUUGAAUUGAAUGUUAUUCUUGUAAAUUGUAUCUUUAACGUGCAUAAUAAUUUAUGAAAGCAAUUUUUACCUCAAUUCUCUACGACACAUCUUCUUUCAGUUGUGUAAAAAAGAAAUAAAUGUGUACAAACAUUCA